UUGUCUGACCUACUCUUGACUGACACUGAACGAAUGACCACCUGUCUACUAAGGUAUGUGGAGCAGGAAUAGGUGUAGCGUCUUCGGGAGCCAUGAGCCGCCCUUCACGUAGGCAAUGCAGCCACACAGACAUCAGACAGACAAACAGCCGCUACUCGGAAGACAGCGGAAGGAAAGGCUUGGAGGAUACAGCCAACACUUACUCGCGCUCCCUUCCCAGUCUCAAUGUACGGAACCUUCUCUUGUCCAGUUGGGGAUUGGUUCCGUUUCGUCCAUCACCUUCCUGGCGUAUCCAUAUAUAAAUUCCGUCAGAAACUCCACUUAACCGCGAUAUUUCACCGAAAACUCAAUGUCCCCGAACAGAGGCCACUACCCCACCAUCGUCUCACCACAUACUGGCUCCUCAGGCUGUCGGCUGCCAAGGAUAAUGGUACCUGCCCCCAAACACCACAGGGAUUGUGUGGAUGAGGAGGCAUUCCCACUCAUGUCACUGCAGGAGCUUCUUGAGUGGAAAGAGCCAAAGAGUGGUGGAGGGGUGAGGAGGCUUUUUCAGCCCCGAGCCUCACCCUCCUCUCAGCCGCUGACCCUGGUGUGCCAUGACAUGAAGGGUGGAUAUCUGGAUGACCGGUUCGUUAGUGGUUGCAGCAACAAGGAUGCUUACCGUUUCUACCACUGGUCUGGGGUAGACACAUUUGUGUACUUCAGCCACCACCUGGUCACCAUCCCACCUCCUGCUUGGAUUAAUGCUGCCCACCUGCAUGGAGUCUCUGUUCUUGGAACCUUCAUCACUGAGUGGGAAGCUGGGAGUGCAGUAUGUAAGGAUCUUCUGGCUAGUGAGGGGACAGUGGAAACAGCAGUGAAUCAGCUGACACGCAUUGCUCAUUACCAUGGGUUUGAGGGCUGGCUUGUCAAUAUUGAGAAUGAGGUUCCUCCAGCUAAGAUCCCGCUCCUGCUGUAUUUUCUGAGGAAACUGACCUCAGCCAUGAGGACAACAGAUGCAAACAGGAAGAUGGAGGAAAAAAUUAUGAAGGAGGAAGAGACAAGAAAGGAAAGUAAGGAAAUAGAGAAAAAACUAACAGAAGAUGAAACCAAUAUGGAAAGAAAGGAAGUAAAUGAAUUAUAUGGAAAAAGUCAUAACAUUCACCGUGUUAUAUGGUAUGACAGUGUAACAGAAAAUGGAAAGUUGGAGUGGCAGAAUGAGCUCAAUCCCCACAAUCAAGCCUUUUUUAAUGCUUGUGAUGGAAUAUUCCUUAACUACACUUGGACAGAGGCUCACUUGGACAGAACUAAAAAGGCAGCAGCAGCAACAGGUAGUGGUUUUGAAGGCGACCGUAUCUCAGACGUGUUUGUGGGGCUGGACAUCUUUGGAAGAAACUUUUAUGCUGGAGGAAAAUACAACACUUGGAAGGCUCUUGAUGUGGUGCGUAAAUAUGGCCUUUCAGCGGCCAUCUUUGCACCUGGAUGGACCUUUGAGACUCAGGAUAACUUUGUGGAAGCAGAAAAAUGCAUGUGGAGGUCCCUUGCACCCUAUUUAAACCAUCAGGGACCCCAGCACCUCCCCCUCACCACCUCCUUCUGCCAGGGGUAUGGGGACCACUUCUACUGCAGAGGAAAGGUGGAGAAGGAAGGUGCAUGGCAUGACCUAAGUCUCCAGCAGCUGCAGCCUCUUUGGUCACAGAUUUUUACUGUGUGACCUUGAGUGGCAAGCGACCCUGAGACUGAGUGUGGCCUACAAGUGGUGUGGCACAUCAACCACCCUCAUCCUCCUGUGCUAUCUGUCAAGGAGCCAAGAUGCCUCUUCCUCCAGUCAGAGCAGAGUUCUAGAGUUCAGAUGUGAAGAGAGUAAAGGUGAACAGAAGAAAAAAGAAAAGAAGGACUAUGGAGAUGGUAACCCAAUAACUCAGUGUCCUUUAUUGGACAGUCAUGAGGAAAAUGGAUGGAGUGUGAG